AUGCCAUACAAGUGCGCUGUGGCGCAAUGUAAACAUAAAAGCUGGAUAAACAAGACAUUAAAGUUCUACAGCUUUCCAAAAAAUGAUACGCUACGGCAGAAAUGGAUAAAAAAUAUCGCAUUAACUGGGCAAGGUUAUGAGUGGUCAAAGGGCGACAGAGUCUGCAGUGCUCACUUUGUUGGUGGCAGGAAGCUCGGGAACAACAAUGUACCAUCCAUUUUUCCUCGGUGGGACAAAGAACUGGGAAGCCUUGUCUGGCCAGUUGACAUAUCCGCAUUAUUAUAUGAAAAUAAACCACCACCGGUGUGUCCAAAGCGUCUAAAUACGGCCGCUUAUGAAAUUGACCUAAGUCAAGAAAUUUCGUCAUCGGCUGCGACCAUGUCCGCGGAAAGUGACUCAGUCAAUGCUGCUAUCGAAACCGCAAAUGUGGAGCGUUUAGAGAAAGGGAGUGCCGACGUGGAAAAGGAAGAAUUAAAAAGCAGCGUCGAGAGAUUUGGGGCAAAACGAUUCAUGUACUCCGAUUCGGACAUCAGAUUUUUUACUGGAUUACCAGAUUAUAAUACUUUCCUUGCCAUCUACAAUUUUGUGAAACCAAAACCAGGGUUCGUCUUGAAUUAUUAUAAUGGUUAUAGCAAUAAAGCAAAAGAUCCUUCGUAUGUGAAUGCCAGAGGGAGGCAAAGAACCCUUGAAGACAUUGAUGAACUGUUCUUGACUUUAAACAGGCUGAAACUUGGUCUUUUGGGGCAGGAUCUCGCAGAAAGGUUUGGUUUGAAGCAAAAUGUGGUGUCUCAGAUAGUUUGUACCUGGAUUGAUAGAUUGGAUUAUUGUCUUUGUCAGCUAAACUUAACAACUAGUCAUCAGAAUAUGGAGAAGCACUUACCAUCUUGUUUUAAGGGAGAGUACAAGGACACAUAUUUGAUAAUAGACUGCACAGAAAUCUUUAUUGAAAAACCAUCUCAAGUUAUACAACAAAGUGCGACAUGGUCAGAAUACAAAAGCCACAACACUGGGAAGGGCCUUAUUGGCAUUUCACCCACUCUGUUGCCUGUAUUUGCAUGUGACAUUUAUCCAGGAAGUAUUUCAGAUGAGGAGAUUGUAAAACAAAGUGGUAUAUUAAAGCUUGCUCACCAUGGCGACAGGUGGUUAAAAGGGAUAAUCCCUAUCCGUUAUGAACAUCUUUCGUCCAAAAUGUGGAAGGUGUGUUGCAGACUAACUGCAUUUCUUCCACCUCUUGUUUGUAAUGAACAAUUCCAGAGAGAGGAAUGA